AUGAAAUUAAUGACCAAAACUAAAAGCCUAAUUUUAAAAAGACAAGAGAAACCUACCUUAGAAUAUGAAAAAAUGAAACAAUACCUAAACGAAAGCCUUGAUUUUAAGAAAACAAUACUCACUAUCUCUGGAAGUUUUACAGUUGCUAUCCCUCUUCGAAAGAGAGAUGCAUCAGAUGGGUGUGCUAAUCUUCAUCAAAGUUUUGUAUCAUCGUCAAAUAGUAAUACGACUUUGACUAUUAAUUAUGAGGAUGUUAUUGAAUCACUUAAAGGAAUAUAUAAAGAUUUUUACAUAUUCUUGGAUGAAGCAAAGGAGCCUGCAGCGCAGGGCUUUAAAUUUAGAUCUAUUGAUUUGAUUUCCGAACUUGAUAAUAUACUUAAGAAAAAUUAUACUACCGAUUACGAUUUUUUUUCUGAUGUCGUUCAACUCCACGUUGAUCUUAAAGACGGCCAUACCACUUUUACACCUUCUUGUUAUAGCGCAUUUUUCUUUUUCCAAGACAUCUGGCUCUAUUCAACGGUCGAUUGUCAUGGAACUCAGGUUAUUAAAAUACUCCAAGAUGAUUUAGAUUCCUCUAAUGAUAGAUGUGAGGUUACGCAUAUUGACGGCACCCCUGCAUUAGAAGCUAUUAAAACAUUUGCCGAUAAACAUAUAAAAAAUUCGCGUGAUCUUGGUGUAAGAUUUAACAUGGCAUUAGCGUCACUUAGAUUUUUUAAUGAUAGUAUUACUUAUAAACUCAAUUGUAAUGGUUCGAAAAAAACAUUAACGCGACCUUGGAGGAUACUUAGUAAUAAUAGUACUAAUACUUUUAAUUAUACUGAUUCUAAUAGUUAUUUUCAGUCUAUGUCAUCUGAAAUUGUUAAUACUGUAGUUGAUGGAAAUCAAACUAAUAACCUUCAAAAUUUUACGAUAUUCUUUAAAAAAAAUGAUACUGGUAUUAUUGUAGUACCAAAUUUUUUACCUUCAAGCUAUGCAACUGAUCAGAUCGCAUUUCAAGCUGCUCUUAUAGAUGCAAUGAAUCAAUUUGUUCAAACCGGUGUAAAAAAACUUGUUAUAGAUUUUAUUAGUAACGGAGGUGGAUUCGUACCUCUUGCACAAUUCUUUAAUGAGAUUUUUUUACGUCAAAAAAAUUUUGCAUUUCCACGUGACAUUAGGAUGAAUGAUGUUACAACAUUCCUUAUUGAACAAGCAGAUAAAUUAGGUCUUGGUGCUAAUACAAUAAAUUUUUCACCUAAUCAAGAACAGUCGUUUACUACUGGAAAACCAUUUGGUAAUGCUAGUGAAUUUAUUGGUAACAAUAAAUUUACAAGAGGUGGUGUGACAUCCAAUUUCUCCAACCUUUUCGUUGAUAUAUUCGAUGAAUCUGCUUUAUCAAAUUGGCAAUCACCAUGGAAAAAUAAGGACAUUAUUAUACUUACUAAUGGUGCAUGUUCAUCAUCAUGCGCACAGACUGCUCAAUAUCUAUCAGAACAAGCUAAAAUAGCUACAGUUGCUGUUGGUGGUUUAUAUAAUACUAGUAUGUCAUACUCCUCAUUCCCAGGUGGAAAUGUUGUAGCUGUAAAUAGUUUUUACAAUCAAAUUAAUCUUAUCAUAAGUAACACCACUGAUACCGCUCCUCAAAUACCAAAAAAUUUUGCAACUGACAUUGAUAUGUUCACAUCUACAUUUACUUUUAGUGAAACUCAUGAUUUGGAUAAACCUGAUCAGAUAAAUGAAUUUCAAUAUCGUCCUGCUGAUUAUAGAAUAUAUUACGAUGAUGAAAGUAUUCUUAGUCCUAGUAAUUUAUGGGAACAAGCUGUGAAAUUUAUUUCUUAA